AUGGAUGACCAUGAGUGCAUGAACCAACUGGCCGACCUCCCGGGCUCCGCCGCCCCGCCCCCCUCUCCCGUGCUGCUGGUGGACCCGCCGUCAGGUCCAAAUCACAGAACCGUCUCUCUGUUUUCACCCCGUCCCCCCGACGACCAAGCCCUGGGCCAAGCCGCCGUGCCGUGCCCCACAACCGUCCUCUGGCCGCCGGGCCCCGCCCCGCCCAGGGUAAAGUCCGCACCCCGGCCCCGGCGACCGUCGGCCUCUCUCCCCCCGGCCCAGGCCGCCCGCUCCCCGGCAUCCGCCCCGCCGGGGCCCCGCAGACGCCCAGCUCGCGGCAGCUCUCGGACCUUUGCUCGGCCCCUGGUUCUCCCAGCAGCUCCGCCGAGCUCGCCCCAGACACCCCAUCCCGGGAGCGGCAUCCGGAGUCCCCAGAAAGGAGGCGGCUCAGGCCCCUCCUACGUCCCUCCAGGUCCGCCUGGACACCGGCAGCGAGCGCGGGCCACGCUGGUUCGCACGACCAGCCUCUUCUCCGCCGAGCCCAGAAGCGGGGCCUGA